GUUAUAGGUGAUGCAACUUGCAAAACAAUCCUAAAAUAUGAAACAAGAAUAAUAAUAUUUAAAUGUAACAUAAUCAUUAUACUUUUUUACCUAUCAAAGUGAAUUCAUUCCAUUCUCUUUCACCUGUGCUCAUACUUUGCAUCAAAUAUUGUGUAAACCAAAGUGUGUAGGAAGAAAUAAAUGUUUUCAUAGUCAUUACUCUUUAUAAUGGGAGCGCUAAAAUUCAAGCACAUCUUUUUUGGAAGCUUUGUUAAAUCCAGUGGAGUAUCCCCGAUAGUUUUCACCUUCCUUCUGAUUCGAUGUUCCUUGACUCUGAAUUUCAGAGCACCCCCUAUUAUCCCAAAUGUGCCUUUUCUCUGGGCCUGGAAUGCCCCAUCUGAAUUUUGUCUUGGAAAAUUUGAUGAGCCACUAGAUAUGAGCCUCUUCUCUUUAAUAGGAAGCCCCCGAAUAAACGUCACCGGGCAAGGUGUUUCAAUAUUUUAUGUUGAUAGGCUUGGCUACUAUCCUUAUAUAGAUCCAACGACAGGAGCAAUUGUGAAUGGAGGAAUCCCCCAGAAUAUGUCCUUACAAGAUCAUUUGGACAAAUCUAGGAAAGACAUUAUUUUUUAUAUGCCAGUAGACAAUCUGGGAAUGGGUGUGAUUGACUGGGAAGAAUGGAGACCCACUUGGGCAAGAAACUGGAAACCUAAAGAUAUUUACAAGAAUAAGUCUAUUGAGUUGGUUCAGCAACGAAACGUACAACUUAAUCCCACACAAGCCACUGAUAUAGCAAAACAAGAAUUUGAAAAGGCAGCAAAGGAUUUCAUGCUAGAGACUAUAAAACUGGGAAAAGCACUUCGGCCAAAUCACUUGUGGGGUUAUUAUCUUUUUCCGGACUGUUACAACCAUCACUAUAAGAAGCCUGGUUACAAUGGAAGUUGCCCCAAUAUAGAAAUAAAAAGAAAUGAUGAUCUCAGCUGGUUGUGGAAUGAAAGCACCGCCCUUUACCCAUCCAUUUAUUUGAACACCCAACAGUCUGCUGUAGCUGCUGUGCUCUAUGUGCGCAAUCGAGUCCAGGAAGCCAUUAGGGUUUCUAAAAUACCCAAUGAAAACAGUCCACUUCCGGUUUUUGUAUAUGCCCGCCUAGUUUUUACUGAUCAAGUUUUGAAAUUCCUUUCUAAGGAUGAACUUGUGCAUACACUUGGUGAAACUGUUGCUCUGGGUGCUUCUGGAAUUGUAAUAUGGGGAAGCCUCAGUAUAACGAGAAGUAUGAAAUCUUGCUUGCUCCUAAACACUUAUAUGGAGACUAUACUGAAUCCUUAUAUAAUCAACACCACACUAGCAGCCAAAAUGUGUAGCCAGGUUCUUUGCCAGGAGCAAGGAGUGUGUGUAAGGAAAGACUGGAAUUCAAGUGACUAUCUUCACCUGAACCCAGAUAAUUUUGCUAUUGAAAUUGAGAAAGAUGGAAAGUUCACAGUACGUGGAAAACCAACAUUUGAAGACCUGGAGCAGUUUUCCGAAAAAUUUUAUUGCAGCUGUUAUACCACUUUGAGUUGUAAGACGAAAGCUGAUGUAAAAAACACUGAUGCUGUUGACGUAUGUAUUGCGGAUGGUGUCUGUAUAGAUGCCUCUCUAAAACCUCCCGAGGAGAGAGAGGAAUCUUCUCAAAUUUUCUACAAUCCCUCAUCCACCAUACCAUCUGCCACAAUGUUCAUUGUCACUAUUUUGUUUCUUAUUUCUUGUGUAGUGAGUUUGUAAUUGCACAUGUUAAAUGAACAAUAUGUCCAUCUUAAAGUGUGCUUUUUAGACUAAAUAAAUUUCUGAAAAGAAUA